GUGAAUAAGACUUUUUCUAAUAUGUCAGUGCAGUGUUUGUUACAUUGGAUAAUUCUAUGAACCUCAGAGUACAUGUAAGGACAUUGGACCUAAUUUUAAUAAUAUUUUUUGUCCAGGCUGUAAUGCCAGAACAAGUCAAAUUCAAGAUGAACGGGGUUAUACCGAGUGUGCCAAUCACAACUCUCGCUGGUAUCGCGAGUCUCACUGACUUGUUACCUGAAAUGCCCCUUCCAACACCGCUGCCUCAGACUUUAACUAACAAGUCACUUUUAUUUCAUCCAAGAGUGGCAGAGGAAGCACAAAUAUUGCUAAGUGUUCGCAAUGAAAAUUUAGUGCCGCAGUUAAUAUUGUCUUUAUCUCAAACUUCAUCCGAUCAUAUUGAACUGAAAGAUAAUUAUGCAAAUGCAGAACAGCCUUUGGAAACCGAGCAAAAUACUCCGGAAUUACUUAAAGCAAUUUUACAAAUAAAUCCGCAUGUGUUUAAGGGGCCUCAAUACAAUUCUCCACGAAACUGGGCCCAAGGCACACCUAUGAUGCAUACCAACCAAACAUCCACUAAUUAUGGACGAUUUUCACCAUCCUAUUCAAGUUCUUCAGGGUCGAGACAAACACCUCAAGGUAGUCCAGCUCAUCCUGCUGCAGCUAGAACAGUACUACCACCACCUACUGGUAUCAACCCUCUACCCAAUAUGACCCCGCAACCAAAUAUGUAUUCUCCAGCACAUAUGAGUUCUCCUGGUACACCAUUAACAACUAUUGGUAAUGUAACACCUCAACACCAUAAUAUGGCUGGUAUGACACCUCAACAUAAUAUGCACAUGCCAUCUCCUAUGCGUGCUAAUAUACCUUUGCAACAACAUCAGCCAAUUAAUAUCCAGCAAAAUAUAUACGAUCCCAUGAUGAAUCAACAAGUACAUCAUCCAUUAGGAAAUCAUCAACCAAUGGACAUAGAUAGUACAGUGCAAGAAAACCAGCAGUUUUUACUUGAUCCAGUAACAGGUCUUCCUGAUAUUGAUAUACCGAUUGAAAGUAUCGAGGCGAAACAGACUGUGGAUAACGCGACGCAACAUCUGCUAUCUACAACUCAAACUACGUCUUAUCCAAAUGUGGAUACAAAUGAUAUGGUUAAUACAUUGAACACUACGACAACACCAAUGAUACAACAUCAACAAAAUAAUAAUUCAGAAAAGGGAAUGAAAAUGCCUGGCCCUUUACCUGAGAAAUUAAAGGAGCCAGUUGUUAUGUUGGAUAGACUAUCUUUAGCAGACCAAGCUUUGAUGCAGAAGAGUUUAGCCGCAUUUGCGGAGAAGUCACCGAGUAGAGCAGCGAAAAUGGGCAUUUCUAAAGGCGAAGAUGUGAAGUCCGAAUCGGAGAGCGAAGAAGAAAUCGGCAAGAACAAUAAAUAUUUUAAAGCACGCGCGAAAGAACGCCAAGUCCAAAGAGAAAAGGAGAAGGCUGAGAGAAAGAAGAGCGAGGAUAAGACUCGUAGACGAAGAAGGGUACUGGACGAUGACGAUGACGAAGAUAAGAAAGAAGUCCUUACACCGACGAAACCAAAAAUCCGAAAAAUAGAGAAAAAACUUGUUCCUGUUCUGGCUAAACUCAGUGUAGAAGAGCUGAUGGAAACGAAUACGUAUCAACGUUUCAACACGACUAUAGAAACAAUAUUCGAGAAUACAGAAGACAUAGCAGCUAACGCCGAAUUGGAUGAUGAUGGUGAUGUGCCUCCAGAAUUAUUAAUUCCUAAAUACCAAUUACACGAUUUAUGCACAGAAGCAGCCAAAUUGAAGGCAUUAGGAGCGAUGGAGUCGAUUCCAGCGGAUAGAUUGGUUAGACUAUUAAAUAUUUUAGAGAAGAAUAUUCGGGAUGGGGCUAAGGUGUCUCCACUAGCAGAUCCGGACGAUGACGUUGACGAAAGUCGAUUAUGGAUGCAGUUAGCUAUGGAAAGAGUACAGCGCGCUGUAGAUGCAUCUUUGAUCGCGUUGCACAUUAUGACGUCUAGCAAUAUGCCAAAAAUGGUUUACUUAGAGGAUGUGAUUGACAGAAUAGUUCUUUUCAUGAAGUUUCAGUUGCAGAACACCAUUUAUCCUUCAUUUGAUCCAGUUUACAAGAUAGAUACAAAAAAUAAGACUGACAAUUAUAAUUCUAGUGGUCGUAAGAAAAGGGGUCAUAUGAAAGAGGUCCGUGAGAAAAGUAUUCUUCAGGUUUACAACAAAAUGCAUGAAUUGGUUGGUCUUCUGGCUGAACUAUUAAACAUCCAAGUUCUAACAGAUACCAGUGUCCUACAUGCCUCCACAUUAGGUGUAGCACCAUUUUUUGUUGAAUCAGUUAGCGAUCUUCAGCUGAGUGCUUUAAAAUUGGUUACGGUAAUAUUUACCAAAUAUGAGAAGCAUAGAAGAUUAUUGUUAGACGAUAUCUUGGCAUCUAUAGCUCGACUUCCUAGCAGCAAGAGAAGCCUCAGGACCUAUAGGUUAAAUUCUGAGGAUCACAUACAGAUGUUAACAGCCUUGGUCCUACAGUUGAUUCAGUGUGUUGUUGUCUUAUCCGAUAAUAUAAUCCCACAGCAAAAGAAGACACAGGAUGAUGAGGAGAAGAAGGAAGAGAAGAAGUCUAACUAUGUUGAUGCAGAUGUCUUAAUUAUAAAUAAAUAUGAGACCGCUACUAGAAUAGCAGGGAAUUUUUUAACAGUGUUCUUGAAUAAAUGCGGCAGCAAAGGGGAAGAAAUAGAUUAUAGACCACUGUUUGAGAAUUUUGUGCAAGAUCUGUUGGCUACAGUCAAUAAGCCAGAAUGGCCAGCCGCCGAGUUGCUUUUAAGUUUACUUGGAAAUUUAUUAGUGGGACAUUUCUCCAACAAAAGCUCUGACAUGGCGCUCAGAGUAGCGUCCAUCGACUACCUAGGCGUGGUAGCAGCCAGAUUAAGAAAAGAUGCGGUUAGUUCUCACUGCAAACUAUCUACCAUCGAUCAAAUUAUAAAGGACAUCAAAAUAGAGCAACAGAAAGACUCCGAUUAUGACCAGGUGAAGGAUAAGGAGAUAGUAGGUUUGAGCGAGGACGAGGAGCGGACGGUUUUUUUACAGAAAGUACUCCUAGACUACUUAGCCGUGAACGGAACCAAGGAUUCUGCUCUGGGUUAUGCUCGCCACUUCUAUUUGGCACAAUGGUACAGAGAUUGCGCGGUAGAAAAGUCCAAAGUUGGCCAAAUAAAAAACAGCCCUAGCAAGAAGAUGCACAAGAAGAGAGUGAAGAAGAAAAAUAAGCAUCACGCGAGUGAUCAAGAUUCUGAGUCGGAGCUGGAUGAACAAGAUGCGGAUGAAAACGACAAUAAUGAGCAAAAGAAUUCAGAAGCUUACAGAAUCAUAGAAGAGAAAAAGAAGUACAUUGUAAGUAGAAUAAGGCCGUGCAGCACGGGCACGAAGCCGGAUAUUCUUCAAACUUAUAUCGACUACAAUUCAGCAGAACUGAUAUCGCAGUAUCUCGCCUCAAAGAGGCCGUUCUCGCAGAGUUUCGAUCGGUACUUGAAGCAGAUCCUGCACGUGCUCACAGAGUCGUCUAUCGCGAUUAGGACAAAGGCGAUGAAGUGCCUGACGAUGAUUGUCGAGGCGGAUCCAAGCGUAUUGGCGCGAGUGGAUAUGCAAUUGGGCGUAAAACAUUCGUUUCUAGAUCAUGCGACGUCAGUCCGCGAGGCGGCUGUCGAUCUGGUAGGAAAAUUUGUACUAAGUAGGCCCGAAUUAAUAGAUAAAUACUACGACAUGCUGUCGGCUAGGAUCCUAGAUACUGGCGUUAGCGUUCGUAAACGUGUGAUUAAAAUUCUCAAGGACAUCUGUAUGGAAUGUCCUGACUUCCCCAAGAUACCAGAGAUCUGCGUGAAGAUGAUCAGACGGGUGAACGACGAGGAAGGUAUUAGGAAAUUGGUGAUGGAGGUGUUUCAGAAUAUGUGGUUUACACCAGUCAGGGAACGCCCCACUUUGGACUCCGAGUCGCUGUUGAGGAAGGUAAUGAACAUUACGGACGUUGUGGCAGCUAGCAAAGAUAUGGGUCUGGAGUGGUUUGAACAGCUGCUGGUUAGCUUGUUCAAGCCCAAGGAAGAUAAAGACGAUAGUACAAAGAUGCAAACCGAGCCCCCGAAGGCGUUGUUGACGGCGUGUAAACAGAUUGUCGAUUGCUUGAUCGAGAACGUUCUUCGACUGGAAGAGACAAACUUGGAAGAGUCCGAGAAGUCAGAGAAAAAGGGAUCUUCUCAGAGAUUGGUUGCUUGUCUAACAACUUUAUAUUUGUUCGCGAAAAUACGGCCGCAAUUGCUAGUCAAUCAUGCGAUUACGUUACAGCCUUAUCUGAGCUUGAAAUGCCAAACUCAGGGUGAUUAUCAGAUCAUCAGCAGCGUGGCACAUACACUGGAGCUAGUUGUGCCGCUGAUGGAGCAUCCUAGCGAGACUUUUUUAGCACAACUGGAAGAGGAUUCGGUAAAGUUGAUUUUGCAACAUGACAGGUCAGUCGUAGCCAGCUGUUUAUCUUGUUUAGGCUCCAUAGUAAACAACGUAACCAGAAAUUUUAAGUUAAUACGAGACUGCUUUAAGAAAUAUUAUGGACAUCUGACUGAGUACAAAUCCUUUUACGAGAAAGAUCCCACGAAUCCUAUGCUUUUAAAGUACCGACCAUUUGUCAGGAGAGCGUUGUUCACCGUUGGCCUGUUGCUACGACAUUUCAACUUCACCGAUCCGGAAGUUAUCGAGGGACUAGCGGAAAACAUAAAGGAUCAGGUAUUCGAAACGUUAAAUUACUUCGUACAUCUGGAUAACGAUGACAUUCGACAUUUCACUCUGUCUGCUAUUGGUUCAUUAUGCAUCCGUCACUACGAAUUCAUGCUACUUCCCGAGUUAAAGGAACUGUACCAUCAUCUACUCACGUCAGAGAAUGCUUUGGUUCACAUGAGGAUUCAGGUGCUGAACAAUAUCGAGGUAUAUCUGCAAGAAGAAGACAAGAGGAUGAUCAAGCAAGAUAUGGAAUGGGCAAAGAUGUCCAAACAGGAGAACUUGAAGGAGAUGGGGGAUGUUUCGUCAGGAAUGGCCAGCACUGUGAUCCAGUCAUACGUGAAACAGAUUCUGGAAUCUUUUUUGCACAUGAACAUUAGCGUUCGACACGCAGCACUGAAGGUAAUCCAGCUAAUCUUGGCUCAGGGUUUGGUUCAUCCAGUCCAAAUAGUUCCCUAUCUAAUCUGUAUGAGCACAGACUGUGAAAAGGCGGUUAGCCAUAGUGCGGACAAGCAACUUCAGGAUAUUGAGAAGAAGUAUUCAGGCUUCAUUCACAUGAAGUCCCAGUUAGGUAUCCAACUGAGCUAUAGGCUACAGAAAAUACUGCAGAAUGAAAUGACGGUGAGGGGAAUGCGGGUAAAAGAAGGCGAAUUUCCUGGCGCGUUGAACGGUUUCCUAUACACCAUCCUCAGGAACACGAAACAGCAGAGGAGAGCUAUUGUGCUUUCCUUCUUGAAGCAAUUCGACGAGUCUGCGAAGACCAGCUUAUCGCAAAUGCUUUACCUGGCAGACAAUCUCGCUUAUUUUACAUAUCAAGUGCAAGACGAACCGCUGUUCAUCAUCCAUCACAUUGAUAUCAUUAUCUCUAUGUCCGGCACAAACCUAUUACAGUCGUUCAAGGAGGCAUUGUUACCGAAAGAGGGUUGUAAUCAGUCGCAACAGCAGCAUCACCAUCAGCAACAGCAACAGACUCACUCAUCUCUAGGACCGGACGGACAACCGCGACCGGAACAGUUAUUGUCAGUUCUGGAAGAUGAAGAGGACGACGAAGAGGACGAGGAUACGCUGCUGGUGAGGCUACCAGGAGAUACGACGUUAUUGAGGGAGUACAUUACUGCCAGUCAAGGCUUUCUCUUGCUGCUCACUUUAAGGCAGCACCUGAAAGACCUGUAUGGCUUCUCUGAUCAGAAGAUCGGCCAGUACUCGCCGACUGAGGCAGCGAAGGUGUACGAGAAGGCGGUGAAUCGCAAGAGCAACGUGCUGUUCAAACCAAAGGCUACCUUGCAGAGAUUGAAGGAGGGCGUGAGCAGUGCCGAGCUCGACGCUGAUGGCAGAAAGAAAUUGGUGAAGGAGUAUUUGGACUUCAAGCAGUUGAUGCUAAAGUUUGACCUAGAAGAGCCAGAGGAGGACGGAAACGAGGGUGAUACGAGCGGAGGUGGGAAACAAUUGUUGGAGGCUUCUAACAGAAUGACAAAUUCUGAAACGGACGGAAAAAUGGCAGACGGCGGUGUGGCGGGCAAUCCUCAGGUGGUGAGUCAAUACCAAGCCAGCCUAAACUCGUCGAUCGAGCAUCCGAACAAUUCGGUGAAUUCAAUGGCCACGAGUGGCCCUAUUCCAGUUUCAAUGGCGGUCCACAUGCCAGCGCCGGUCACCUUAAACAUUACGCCAGCGUCACAAGUGGCAGCGCCACGUGUGCCCAAGUUGACGAUACACGCGCACCAUCCAGAAGGAGUGAAGGAACACCGCAAGCAUCGGGCGCACAAAACGGAGAAGGUGAAAAAACACAAAAAGAAGAAGAGGAGAAGAAUCUCCGAUAGCAGCGAGAGUGGCGAGGACUACAGUGACCCUGACUUUUUAGUGUGAGUGCGGUGGUGUCUCCGCGCCCGUUGUGUACAUAUUACAUACUACGUACGAGACUAUAAUACGAUAACUGACGCGUGUUUCGCGUGGUUGAUGUGCGUGCUGGUGUGCGUGCGGCGUUUUCUUGGUGCGUUUCGUAUCGCCCGUGAGUCUAGGCGUUCCGUUUUCUCUUCUGUUUUUCUU